AUGAUUUCCCUCGUUUGCUUGCUAUCCAGUGCGCUCUCAGUAGCCGCUGCGACUGCUCCCACUUUAACGCAGGCUGACCAGCAACGUUUUCAUGACCGGCUCUGGCAAACCAACUUGAGAGGCCCACGAUGGACUGGGAAUGAUAAUCAGAACACGCUCACAAGCCUGGUCUCGCAAUCCAUGCAAUUCGCCGGACUCGAUGUCCAAAUCCUCAAUUAUACCAUCGAUAGAUGGGACCCUCAGUGGUGGUCUUUGAGCUUGGCCCUCAAGAACGGAACCGUCGUUGGACUACCAACGACAGGAUACUGGCCGUACAGCGGAGACAGUGGUGUCGCCGGUGUAACGGCACCUAUCCACGACGCAGGUACUUUCUCGGUUUCAGACGUUACUGAAAAGGCUGUCAACUCGAGUUUGAACCUCCAAAAUCUUCCUGCGAAUGGUUCCGUCCUAUUCUUUGACAAUCCCAGCCCAACACACAAUUACUCCCUUCCGGGGUAUAAACUUCUGGGGUACGUUAGGCAAUCAUUCUGCAAGAGGUCGUAUUAA